AUGGGCAAACGACUAGAAGCUGGUACACUAAAUGUACCACAAAAUGCACCAUUGCCUGGCCAAGGGGAAGAUACGCCUAUGGUUUUAAUUGGAGAUGAGGCAUUUGCUCUAAAACCAUAUUUAAUGAAGCCCUUUCCGCGGAGACUAUCAAGAAGUGAUACGAGACUGGACAAUUAUAAUUACAGACUAUGCCGUGCAAGACGUGUGGUUGAAAAUGCUUUCGGCAUUCUAACAAAAAAAUGGCGGGUUUACAAAGGACCAAUAGAGGUAAAGGAGGAAACUACAAAAAAAAUUGUCUUGGCAACAUGUAUAUUGCACAACUAUCUUCGCGUGAACAAUAGUGAUGUAGAUAUAACCUCAGACGAAGAUGAGUCAAGCUCAGGCUUUAGUCAGAUUGAAGACAACAAUCGAAGAGGAACCAAUGAAUCUUUACGCAUACGGGAAAAAUUU